UCGUUGGCGCAUUAGCGCAAGGCUGCCAUUUGUAGGCGAUGCACCGUAUUGCGGAACGAGUGGGUGGACCUGGCCUAAGAUGGGGAGCGUGCUAUUUGCAGCUGUGUUCAUAGCGUUACAAUUUGCCACCGGCGGCCUGGCCAACCCAGAUGCAAAACGUUUAUACGACGAUCUCUUAAGCAAUUACAAUCGUUUAAUUAGGCCUGUGGGCAAUAAUUCUGAUCGUUUAACGGUCAAAAUGGGUCUACGGCUGUCACAGUUAAUAGAUGUUCUUAAUAUAGAAAUGGAGAAGAAUAACGCGAAAUAG